AUGGCUAGUAUUACACCGAGUAUGCAUCAAGAAGCAACAAUACAAGACGAAGUUGUUCUGAGCCAAUCUACCACCUCUAAUGAAAACCGUGAUUAUAAUAAGGAAUCCGGAAUCUCGCUGAAACCCGGAAUUUCGCUGGAACCCAGAAUCUCGCUGGAACCCGAAAGCUCGCUGGAACCCGAAAGCUCACUUUUUCAACAUGGCCAGGCUUACUUCUCUCUUGAAGUCUUCAAAUAUAUUGCCGAUCAAUAUGCCAGAACAAAUGGAUUUAAGGUGAUUCUCUACAAAGGCAACAAUCGUAGUGAUGGCGUGCGUUCCACUCAAGUCUUUGCUUGUGAUCGCUAUGGUUUGUUCAAACCAAAGCCUAAAGAUCCCAAUAAAAAGAACAGAAAUGUAGAAUCGAAAAAAUGCAAUUGCCCGUGGUUUAUUCGUCUCAAUCAUAACCGAAAUGAUGAUAUAUAUUAUAUUUCACAAGCCAUUCUUCAUCAUAACCAUUCAUUGAUUCCGGUCCAACUUAUGCGCAUCUCGUCUGCUAACCGUGAAAUACCAGUGGAAAUUAAAGAGGAAAUUUUUCUUGCAAAAAAAGCAGGCAUUUCAACAUCACAAAUCCAGUCACUACUUGUAGUAAAGUAUGGACCAGCCACGAAGAAGUGGUUGAUCAAAGAUAUAUAUAACUUGAUUAGUUCUGAUCGUAUUUCUCGUAGCGAAUUUCAAGCACAUGAUUUCCUCCUCCUCCUCCAGCAAAAACGCAAUAACGAUCCUGAGUUUUCUUAUGAGUUCGAGUUGGAUAAUGACAAUCGCUUGAAACAUGUAAUUUGGACAUUUUCAUUACAAAAAUGGCAAUAUAUGCGUUUUCAUAAUACGAUUGUAUACGAUAACACGUAUAAGAGUAACUAA